GUGACAGCUAAAAGCUAUCUCGCUAUCUCUUCUCUACUGUCUACCAUGUUUUUGAGGUUAAAGGUUGCACUCUUUAACUCUGUAAAAUUGUUGGCAAUUAAUUGAUCCUGAUUAAAAUGCUGAACGUGGUUUACAAAACUUAAGUACUUAUUGUUAUCUUUGGUUGCUGUGAUUGUUUCUUGAUAAUGGAAGAUAAUAUUCCUACCGAGGUGACUUUGAAAGUUAAGGACACAGAGUUUUCAUGCAGUAGAGAGUUAUUAGCUCUACACAGUCCAUAUUUUCAUGCAAUGUUUAAUAAUGACUUCAAAGAGAAACACCAGGAAUUCAUAAGCUUACAGGGAGUUGAUCCUGAAGCCUUAGACUUUAUACUAAAGACUUUAAAUGGAAAUGAAGUUGAUUUUACCAGAGCAAGUAAUGUAUUACAUAUAUUGGAAACCACCUGUAUGUUACAGUUUGGUAGGCUGCAAAAUGAAUGCAUUCAAUUUAUAGUAUGUUCAUGGUUGAAUAAGGAGACAUGGCUGAUCACUGCAAAUUUAGCUGACAAAUUGGGGUUGACCGAUUUAAAAAAAAAGACUCAGACAUUAGCUUUAUGGAAUUUUAGCGAAGUCAGAAAGACAGAACACUUUUUAUACCUUACAGCAGAUGAAGUUUUUGAUUAUUUAAGUGAUGAUAGGCUUAGAACCACAGUGGGGGAAUUUGAGGUUUUUGAAGCCGGAGUAAACUGGAUUGAAUACAGUCCAGAAGAUAGGCUGUUCUUUUCACUCUUGUUAUUAAGAACUGUUCGGUUUAAGGAUCUAAAACCAUUCGAUAUUAGAAACAUGUUACAUUACUCAAGUGUGAAGGACACUCCACAAGCAGAAAUAAUAAUCCAAUGCAUCCUUGAAAUGAAAGAUGGCUUAUUAAAUCAAAGUUGUGAAGCUUGUAACACGCCAGAAUUUGAGGAGCAAAGUACUACAGAUUCAGAAAAGACUUCACCUAUGCCUACAGCAAUAUUUUUUAAAAAUUUGAAGAGGAAACGUAGAACAACAUCUCACUGUACAUGUUUUGAUGAUACAACAGUCAAAACUUGUCACGAAUUCUUAGAUAAAGAACCUCGCUGUCUUCCAUUGAUUCCUUGUGUCGCAGCAAGCUUUCCUUUUAAGUCUACUACACCAGAUGAGUCUCCACGACUGAAGUUGAGGAGAAAGAAUAAGUGGCCUUAUAUUUUUCAUUGGGAUGGUGAAAAUCUUGUGCCUUUUAUACAUCUAUCUAAAAUUGACGAGGGUCCUGCAGAAGCUAUGGGAUACAAAGUGUCAGUAAAAGAUUUAAAGCUGUAUGUCAUUGGUGGAGAGUACAUGAUGGGUCAUGGGGACUGGAACACAUCAGUUUGGUCUUAUGACACCUGGCGAGAAACUUGGGAAUUUGAGACCAGUUUGCCUUCUCCUCGCCGCCACCACUCAGCUGUGUUUGUCAACAACGAUCUGUUUGUGAUUGGAGGAGUCGGUCGACAUAGAGUCAUGUUAGAUUCAGUUGCAAAGUACAACUUGGUAUCCAAAUGCUGGGAGACAUGUGCACCACUGCCCACAACCCUCUAUUCAGCUCCCUGUUGUGUCUAUAGAGAGGAUAUAUACCUGUUUGGACCUCAGAUCUACUGCUACCGCCAGGCUAUCUGCAGUUGGGAGUCGGUGGCCAGGAUUAGUCUGCCUGACAACAUGGCAGUGGCAACAGCCAUGAGUGACAACACACUUAUCUACAUCAUAGGAAUAACAGCAAAACUGUAUUGUUUUGAUCCUCAAACUGAAGAUGUAAAAGUGAAAUUCCUAGGCGAGUUUAAAACUCCCGGGAACAAUGCUUGCCUGGUCAACAAGACGAUAUACAGUUUUGGAGAGGAGGAUGGUGUGCAAUCCGUAGAAGAGUACAGUAUCAAAAAAAGAACUUUCACAACACUUUGGCAUCACAAGCGGGCAGAUGAGGACGAGCCUUCUGUCUUCUGUCUCAACCAAGCGGCUGGCUGCUUUUCCUUUCCUAAAUAUUACUAAAUUUGUAUGAAACAAAAACACUAACAAUUAUUAUCACUGACACAAAUCAAUGAACCAAACACUGACACAAAUGAGGAAAACCCUUCAUGCUUAGAAUUAAAGCAGUUUAUAAAUAUAAUUUUAUUUUAAAACUGUA